AUGUCCUUCCGAGGAGGCAGCAGAGGCCGUGGGUUUGGCACCGGCGCUAAUCGAGGUGGCUUCGCUCCCCGUGGAGGACGAGGAGGAAUGCAGCAGUCAUUUGGCCCACCGGAUACUGUCCUAGAAAUGGGGUCAUUCAUGCAUGCUUGUGAAGGAGAGAUGGUCUGCGAAUCCAUCAACCCCAAAAUCCCAUAUUUCAAUGCGCCGAUAUAUCUCGAGAAUAAGACGCCAGUCGGAAAGGUAGAUGAAGUCUUGGGCCCAAUUAAUCAAGUAUACUUCACGAUAAAACCGCAGAACGGCAUCGUCGCUACAUCAUUCAAAGCUGGCGACAAGUUCUACAUUGGGGGUGACAAACUCUUACCUCUGGAGAAGUUCCUACCAAAACCUAAGCCACCACCAGGGGUCUCGAAACCUAAGAAAACACCCGGCGGUGGGCGAGGUGCCCCUCGCGGAGGUAGGGGCGGCGCCCGCGGUGGACGGGGAGCCCCAAGAGGAAGAGGCGGCUUUGGAGGCGGCUUUGGAGGCCGCGGUGGAGGCGGAGCUAGAGGCGGAAGAGGUGGCGGCUUCUCAUCGCGCGGUGGUCCAAGGGGAGGCAGUCGUGGUGGGUUCCGGGGUCGCGGUUCUUAUUAA